AUGGCCGGAAAAACCUUGAAGAGAAUAUCAAAGGCGUGCCAGCAAAACCGGCCCGAAGCGAGCUUCUCGAUAGAUCGAGGAAAACUCGUGAUGAAACUAUUGGCAGUUAUAUUAGUGGAGCGUGAGGGGGACGGUUUCCAAGACAGGCGGAACGUGGCCAUGGGAAUGCGGGAGCAGGGAUCGAGGACAACUGAUUGGUACGAAAAGCGAGAAUUCAGGGAUUCCACCCGAUCCGAGCGGAUGUUCACCGGCGCUGGAGGAGCUCUUCGCCACCCGCCGCCGGAUUCUCCAACCCUCGACACUUCCGAGCAAGUCUACAUCUCAUCUCUCGCGCUACUUAAAAUGCUCAAGCACGGCAGGGCAGGGGUGCCGAUGGAAGUCAUGGGGCUCAUGCUGGGGGAGUUUGUGGACGAGUAUACAGUGCGGGUGGUAGACGUCUUUGCGAUGCCUCAGAGUGGGACUGGCGUUAGUGUUGAGGCUGUUGACCACGUUUUCCAGACAAAUAUGCUCGACAUGCUUAAGCAAACUGGCAGACCUGAGAUGGUGGUUGGUUGGUACCACUCACAUCCUGGUUUUGGAUGCUGGCUUUCUGGUGUUGACAUUAAUACUCAGCAGAGUUUUGAAGCUUUGAAUCAGAGAGCGGUAGCAGUGGUGGUUGAUCCAAUCCAGAGUGUUAAAGGAAAGGUCGUGAUAGACGCCUUCCGUCUUAUAAAUCCCCAAACCAUGAUGCUCGGUCAAGAGCCAAGACAAACGACAUCCAACCUGGGGCAUCUUAACAAACCUUCUAUCCAGGCAUUGAUUCAUGGGCUGAAUAGGCAUUACUAUUCCAUUGCCAUAAAUUACCGUAAAAAUGAACUUGAGGAGAAGAUGCUUCUGAAUCUUCACAAGAAAAAGUGGACCGACGGAUUGACCCUACAAAAGUUUGAUGCCCACUCCGAAACAAAUGAGCAGACUGUACAGGAGAUGCUAAAUCUAGCCAUCAAAUACAAUAAAGCAGUUGAGGAGGAGGACGAGUUGCCCCCGGAGAAACUAGCUAUUGCCAAUGUGGGAAAGCAAGAUGCUAAGAAACAUCUGGAAGAGCACGUCUCAAAUUUGAUGUCCUCAAAUAUUGUGCAGACGCUGGGUACGAUGCUGGAUACAAUUGUUUUCUAA